CCUCUCCCGGAAGUUCUCCCGAUGGAACGUGGAGUGCGUCCUAUCCUAUGGCAUCCCAGGCCCAUUCAGCGAGCCACGUGGAGUCCUGCGGGACUGGUUUCCGAUCCAUCGUUGCGGUUGGAGCAUUCAAGCCUGCCUUCCUUCUGAUGCCGGUGAAGGAUUCUGUUUCGUAAAACCUAGAAGUGGUCUGUCAUUCUUAACGACGACGAGGCCUUUGGGUUCUCUACCAUGAUGGAUGGAUGGACCCAAACCGGGACAGAGAGAUAGACUCAGUCAAUCCCCAGUCAGGUGGAUAGUUGUUUCGAUUUUGCAAGACCUGAGCAGGGUUGUUUGAGGACAGGUUGACUUGGGGAAGGGGUUUGUCUCCCAUUCAUGGGGUCAGUGGAUGGAUAGGCUACUAAAUCAAGGAUCGACUUGAUCAAAUGGAUGGAUCUAAUCAAUCAAUGAACCACAGUUGCCCCAAAUUUGGGAGAUGGGUUGACUGUUGACUUGGUCACUUGGGGAGGGGUGUCUCUCAUUCCUGGGGUCGAAGUAAACAUCACACCACCAUCGAAGGAAUCAGGAUGUGGUUUCUGCUGCUUCAGAUAUGAUCAAGGCAGAGCCUGAUGACUAAAAAUGUGUGUGUUACACAUCUUUGGGAUCCAUAAAAACUAUAAUUUAAGUUCUCACAAGAGUAGGCAAGAACACACUUCAAUUGCGAUGAUUUAUUUAUUUAUCACAUCAGAAGCAAACUGAGCGUACAGUUGUAAUGUAUUUAAAAACACAAAGUUAAAAACUUGGCAUUGUACUAAGUGUCCUUUGACCAGUAGCUGCCCACUUGGAGUGCCUCUGGUGUUGCUGUAAGAAGGCCCUCCAUUGUGCAUGUGGCAGGGCUCAGGCUGCAUUGUAAUAGGUGGUCGUGGUUUGCUCUUCUUCACAGUUGCAUGUUGUGGACUCCAGUUUGUGGAGGUUGGCUCUGUCUGUCCAAGUUGCCCAGCCUUCUGUGUGCCCAGGGCGGAGUCUCUCAUUCAGUAUCAGCCAUGGCUUGAGAUUCCUGGUAUUACCCUGCCACUUUUGGACUCUUGCUUGCUGAGGUGUUCCAGUGAGUAUCUCUGUAGAUCAUAGAAAACUAUUUCUUGAUUUAAGACAACUUGCAGCAUGCAAUUGCGAUGAUGUGAUGCCACACAACUUUCUUGGCUUGAAUUAUUUACUUCAUUUCUAUCCUGCCUUUCUCUGUCCCAGAGGGGACUCAAGGUGGCCUCCCUGUGUUGAAACCCUUCAUGUUUCCUCCAGAGUUCAUAUUCUCAAAUGUUUUUUCCAUUCUAUUUUUCGCUGGCACCUCCUGUAUCCCAACACCAUGGCUUCAUGCUAUUCUUGCACAGCCCGGGUUUUUCUCUCUAAGGUCCGAUGGCUCCCUCUGAGGAAGUCCUUGUGUUAUUUAAGAAACUGGGGGAGAAGGUCUGUUGGGGCCUCCUCCAGCAUCGAGAUACGAAGGCGGUUCAGAGGGAAAGGCCUGAUACAGAUUACCUUGUUGUGCUGGGGAAUUGGAGGCUCUUUUCAGGGUGCAAAGUGUGACAGUAUAUCUGGUCUUCACCCUCAAAGAACGCUCCACAUCCUCCCUGAUAACACUGCUUUCGUCCGGCGUGUUGGGCUUGUCUUUUCCCUUGUGAUUCGAGCUUGCAUCUUGCUACUAAAGUUUGGUCCAUUCCUUUGGCUCUACCCCUUCACCUACAUCUCUCCAAGCUUCGCCUCGCUCUGGAUCCAUCUUCUACUAAAAGCAACAGAGUCAUCUGGCCCCACGUUCAUCAAACUAGGGCAAUGGGCCAGCACCAGGCGAGAUCUCUUUUCAGAAGAAUUCUGCCUCAAGUUCUCCAAGCUACACAUCAAGGUAGUCCCUCACUCUUGGGACUACACCAAGCAUUCUUUGACAAGAGAAUUUGGGGAAGUCUGGGAGAAAGUCUUCACAUUUGAAAGCCAGGAACCUGUAGGGUCUGGUUGCGUUGCCCAGGUUUAUAAAGCUUAUGUGGACAUCUCUGCUUUUGGAGAGCCAGCGACGAAGGAUCUUUCAAAGAGCUCUGCCUUGGAAUCCUGGCAAGUCUUGGGUUUUAAGGGGUUCUUCGAGUGGCUUUGGAAGAGAAAGCAUGAAGAUAUUCCAGAAGGAUAUGGUGACCGUUGGUUGCAUCAUAAAGACGGCAUCCCUGGAAGUGUUAAUUGGAGUUCAGUGUCUGGAUAUCCAAAUGCACCAUCGUCUCCAAAGAGAGACCGACUUCUUCCAGUGGCCAUUAAGGUGCUGCACCCUGGACUAGUUCGGCAAGUCCAGAUGGAUCUGUUCCUCAUGAAGAUGAGCAGUAGAUUCGUUGAGCUUCUCCCAGGUGUUAAGUGGCUUAGUCUGACAGAGAUUGUGGAGGAGUUUGAGAAACUCAUGAUUCAGCAGAUUGACUUGCGGUAUGAAGCAAGGAACUUAGAACGCUUCCACUUCAACUUCCGAGAUGUCGAUUAUGUGAAGUUCCCAAAACCGCUCCAUCCUUUUGUGACAAGAAACAUCCUAGUGGAAACCUUUGAGGAGAGCAAACCAAUAUCUCACUAUUUGCACACAGAGGCCACAAUGGAAUUUCGGAGAAAAUUAGCCAAGAUGGGUAUGGACAUGCUUCUAAAGAUGGUGUUUGUUGAUAACUUUGUCCAUGCUGAUCUGCACCCUGGGAAUGUCCUGGUCCAGGGAGCAGAGCUCUUUAGUGACCAUCUGGAGGACCAGACAGUAAUCGUGGACUUGUUGGACACGCUCAUUCUGGAAGUGCAACCUUCUCCUUCCCCACUCCGACUGGUGCUUCUGGAUGCAGGAAUUGUAGCUGAGUUGCAGGUGGCUGAUCUUGAGAAUUUCAGGGCCGUCUUCACAGCUGUGGUCUUAGGACAGGGAGAAAGAGUGGCAGAGUUGAUUCUUCAUCAUGCCAGGGCUAAUCAGUGCAAGAAUGUGGAGAAAUUCAAAGCUGAUAUGGCACAGUUAGUGAAGGAGGCCAGGAGCAACACUAUAGCACUUGGAAAGCUCCAAGUUGCAAGCCUACUGUCCAGUGUUUUCAAGCUUCUGAUGACCCAUCAGGUGAAACUGGAGAGCAACUUUGCUUCAGUUGUCUUUGCCAUUAUGGUUUUGGAGGGUCUUGGUCGCUCCCUGGAUCCUGAACUGGAUAUCCUGAAGGCAGCUAAACCUCUUCUCAUCAAACCUUCAAGCUCUCUUCUGUAGUAGCAAUAGAGCGAGGCACUGCAGGUUUGUUGGUGGCCUGGACUCGAGCUUGUAAAAAUCUUAUUUUGUUAAGACUACAGCUUCCCUGGCCAUGCACAUUGAAGGAUUUUGGGACUGAUACUCCAAAAAUGGUGGAGAAGAGGAACUUUCAGACUGUGGGCUUAAUGAAGAGGUCUGGGGGAUGUUUCUGCCCAAACCUUUCUCCAAGGAUGCUCCUAAACUUGCUCUCUGUUUAAUUGCCAUGUAAUCUCUGAUCAGAGAUUGGAGAUGACAUCAGGAAUUGCCCCAUUUUACAGCACCAUCUCCCAACAUAUUGGGAAGACCAGUAGAGCAUUAAGGAACCCACACUACUAUUUUCUUCUAGAGAUUAAUGAUAACAAUAGGGAUUUCUGCUUGCUCCAUACUCUAUUAGGGAUAAGCACAGGGUGGGCAAAGCUUUCUUCAGCCCAAACUUGCUGUAAGCAGCAAAGCACUACAACUGCAAAACCUUUUACCUUUGGGGGGGUUGUCAUGCUCCCUGGUGUGGGUUCAGAGGGGGUUCUGCCUGGGACCCCAAACUAGUUAUUCACCCUGCCUUUUGGGAUACUGUUCUCUCGCACUUCAACAGCAUGCCUUCAGCAUGAAGAACUUUGUUGGCAUCCUUCUUUGCUAUAAGUUAGAAUUUGUAAACAGUGACCAAGAUCCUGCAAGACUGCAGUUAACAUAAAGAGUUCUGCAUGCAGAAAUCCACUGUAGCUUCCCUGUCACCAUCCCCAGGGCUUAACAUUUCACUGUGAUAACCUUUUUCUUGGCUAUUCUGUUGCUGAAGGGAAUAACUGAAGCAUCUAGCUAUGUUCCCAUAGCCAGACACAAACAGAGACAGGUUUCAUAGAUAUCUAACUGGGAUCGUUAGCAUAUGAUGUCAUCAGUUUUCUCCUUGUGCUGGGGACUUAGCCAGAUGCUUGCUUGAUCCCAUCUGCUCCCCAUCAACAACUGAAUGGCUGUCAGGAAUAGCUACUGCAAUGACACAGUGAGUCUUGAGGGUGUCAUUGUAGAGGAAGAAGGGAACUUCAACCUAAAAAUACAUGCACAAAUGUAUCUUACAUUGACAUAGGUGAGUAACAGAAUGCUGCCCUGAAUGCAUUGGGAUUCCUUAAAAAACAGUUUUAGAAAGGUGGCUCUUCCAAACAGCUGGAAUAAAUGAAGAGCCUGCCUAUUGCCAUCAGUUUCAAGGAAAGCAUAUUAGAUUCAGCAUUUUUCUUGCUCCCUUUUAAGGAAGCCUAAGGGCAAGGAUAGCUUUUAUCUCAAACUAUCAGUUUUCAUAUUGAAAAGCAAAUAGUAUUAAUUUCCUAUUGGUAUAUUGCAUUACAAGAAAAUCAAACCAUGUUUUCUUUUCUUUUUUUAAACUCUCUCUGCCAUUUUCUGUGUAGUUGGCUUUUUUUGCCUAAAAAGGAGCCUAGCCAUGCUGGGUGAGGAAUACUACAAGUUACAGGGGAAAAGGAAAAUAUGUUUCUAUCCUCAAAUCUAAAGAGCAUUAGCAAUGUAGCUUCUUUACUCUUUUAUACAGUGCUCUGUGUUCUUAAUAGCUAAGUGGAUGCUUCUGUGUAAAAUGUAUUGCCAUUGACCAAAGUAUUUACUUUUUUUUAACCAAAAAGAUGGAUGCACUUCUAAAUAACAAUUGCUAGUGGAAAAGCUGGAAUUAAUAAUAAAUGGUUUAACACCAAAA